UCAGGCAAAGGCAAGAUGACCAGUCUCACUGCUAAGGACAAGGACACAGUCAGAGCCUUCUGGGCUAAAGUGUCUUCAAAGGCGGACGACAUCGGUACCAAUGCUCUGUCCAGGAUGCUGGCGGUGUACCCUCAGACCAAGACUUACUUCGCCCACUGGAAGGACGUGAGCCCCACCUCUCCGGAAGCCAAGAAGCACGGCAUCACUGUGAUGUCUGGAGUUGGAGAUGCUGUGUCCAAGAUCGACGACCUGAAAGGAGGUCUCCUGAACCUCAGUGAGCUGCAUGCCUUCACUCUGCGUGUGGACCCUGCUAACUUCAAGAUUCUCUCCCACAACAUCCUUGUGGUCCUGGCCAUCAUGUUCCCCAUCGACUUCACCCCUGAGGUCCAUGUUUCUAUGGACAAGUUCCUGGCUGCCCUGGCUCUGGCCCUGGCUGAGAAAUACCGAUAA